CUUCCACAGUGCAACAGAAUGACAGUGACAGAACAAAAAACACAGAUAAUAAAAAGAGAAAUUAAAAAUGAAACAAUUAAAUACGAAAUAACAAUAUACAAAUUGACAAUUGUAUGUACAGGUAUAUUAUGUGUACGACCAAUCUAAAAUGGGUCUCAUUCAAACGCUGCAGAGCGGGAGUUACCAUGGAUACUGGGCACAACACUCUAACUGACAAGCUGCAAGACUGCAUCUCUCGCUGCUGUUUUCACCGUUUUCAGUGUCUUCGAAAAAGUCCGUUAGCAUCUCAACUGUUUUCAGAGGAGGAGUAACACGUCUACAACAGAUAAGCUCCAAUAUAUAUACAUUUCUGAAGGAAGCUGCUGACAGAGAUGUGGGAAACAUAGGUUUCCAUCCCAGUGUUACUACAGCUUGGAUCCAGCCUCACUUGUGGUUACUUCGUUUCCAAACAGUUAAAAUGACAGAUAAAUGCAUACUCUGAAAGCGCUCCACAAGACGUGUGUGAUUAUAUUACUGGAUGCUCGAAAUUGAACGGGAGAAUGCACGUUUUAAACAGCUGAUAGUACAGGCAUCAUCUAUGGCCUGGAGAAGAGAGACUUGUUUGUGAGGGGCCUAUUGUGAACCCUCUUCCUCCAUGUGGAGAAAAACUCCUCAGUCGGGUUACAGUAAAGAAAGGGGAGUAUGGGGGUAAAUACAAGGUGAGGCGUGAGACUCUGUGCGACAUUAGGUCCCCAGUGAACGGAUAAUUGAAAGUAUGGGAUGUCUAGGAUAAUCAAAUAUCUAAAUGAAUAUAUAAUCGAUAUUUGUGAUCGGUUUUUAAUUAGAAGUACAGUCUAAAUUUAAUGAUCACUUGAAAUCGGAGUCAGAUUGAACAUGGAGCUAGACUAAAAUUGAAACUAAGUCCUGAUAAAUUCAGAAGCGCAAGUAAAAGACCGAAUACGCAUUAAACCUUCGACCAGGCCGCUGGAUUACACUGUUUGUUUUAGCGGGUGGAUCCUUACAAUGUGAAAAUUGGCCUGAUCAAAGCCCGGCCCUAGAGGUGUAAAAAAGUCAAGGCCUGAAAUGCAGGGCUCUAGCGUUCCCCUCGGUAGAAAUCACAUUUCCCCCUCACCCCCCAAGGAAAAUCACAUUUACUCCAGGAACACAACACUGAAAACUAAUUAAUAAUAAACUUAUUAAGCUUUUUAUUCUAGGACUCUUACAAAACAAUGUCAAACUGAGUGAGUGUCUUAUGAAACAUUAGUAUUUCAACAUUGUGCAGUGCAAGAGUGACUCAAGUGACAGAUGUUACAGAUGCUCUCACUGAUAACCUUUAGACCAUUGUGUAAAAAAUAGAUUUCAAUAUAUUUGAUCUAUGUGGUAACACAGAGGAGUAGCCUGAUCUGACAGAUAUUUAACUGAGUGUUUGUGACCCGUUGAAAAACAUCACAACACAAACGGUGAGUUACUGUUUUAUUCUCCAAUUAUUUACCUCACAAAACAUUCAGACAUUUAUACAAUGUUCAGAUAACCAUUCAGCAACAUUGUUUUUUAUUUUCUUCAAAGUUCUUCAAGCAAAGGCAAGAUUGCAGUAAGAGAAGAUGGCAAUGACGGUGUUUUUCGCGGCUCUGCUCUCUGUUUUCAUGGGGUUUAUGGUGUCUGUUUCUGAUGGAUUCAAGCCGGUCGACUGUUCUGACCUUUAUAACUCAGGACAAACAGUCAGUGGGAUUUACUCCAUCUAUCCAACACAUGACGUUCAUGCCUGGGUUUACUGUCAGAUGAUCUCAGAUGGGAACGAUGAAGACAAAGGAGGAUGGACGGUGAUUCAGAGGAGAAUGGAUGGCAGUGUGAAUUUCUAUCGGCCGUGGAAUCAGUACAAGAGAGGAUUUGGGAAUGUGGAGAGUGAAUACUGGCUGACACACCAAUUACGCAUUACUAUCCUCCAGCUAAUUAUAUGCAACAGGAAGGACAUGCUGAGAGUGGAUCUGGAGGACUUUCAAGGAAAUAAAGCUUUCGCUCUGUACUCGUCUUUCUCUGUGGGGCCUGAAGCUGAUGGGUAUCGACUGCAUGUUUCAGGAUUCACUGAUGGAGGAGCACGCGACUCUUUGUCUUACAAUGAUGGACAGAAGUUCUCCACCUUUGACAAGGACCAAGAUUCCUCCAAUAAUAACUGUGCCAGACUGCAUCUCGGGGCAUUUUGGUACAAUAACUGUCACGGUACAAACCCCAACGGUGUGUAUUUAUGGGGAAAAGAUCCAACUUUUUUUGCCAUUGGAGAUGUUUGGCAAACUUGGAAGGGUUAUGAUGUCGGUAUGAAAUCCAUCAGCAUGAAGAUCAAACAUGUUUCUUAGAAAUAUUAGUGUUUUCAGGAACCAGUGUCUGAUAUUGUUUGUGCUAUUUGACAAAUGUGGUUUAAGGUUUUACUUUCCUCAAUGUAAGUAAAUCAGUGUUUAUCUUUGUUUUUGGUCUUUUGAUUUACUAUUAUAUAAAUGAAUCAUAAACUUAUAAACUCCUUCAUUGAAAGCAUUAUGUCUUUGUACAUUAUGUCAGAUGUGAUCUCAUCAGAAAUGAAUAAUUUUCUGAACAACAAAUCACACCAUAAACCGUGAAACAAAUGCUUAAAUAAAGUGGAUAAAUCAUUAAGU